AUGGCAGAAGUUGCUGCUGCUUUACGUUUAGAAUCUAUUGAUACUCCAACUCAACAAAUACCAAAAUCGAAACCAAUUCAAAACUCUUCUUUUACUUCAAAUUCUCCAAAUUCUCCAAAUUCUCCAUCACAAUUUCAUGUAAAG